AUGACUCUCAGGGGGUUAUCAACGGAGGAGCUCCUUAAAAAGUUGAUGGAAGAAGGCAUUGAUGUGUCAGACGACGAGGCGCAAAGAUUUAGAGAUAAUGAUGUAGAUGGAGAGACGGUAGACUGUGGACUCACUGAGACCAUGGUUGCAUAUCUUUUUGACAAGUCUUUCAAAAAGCAGCUGAAGUUCAGAAACUUCACAAACCGCUACAAGGAAGUCAUCAUCACUUUACAACCGGUCGACCCAUUUGAAGGUACAGUUGAAGGUCCAGUGUCCCAAGCAAACCAGAGUUCUAUACCUUCUUGCCGUAGACUGCCUGCAGUUAUUUCCAUUCCAAAAUUCCCACAAGAUGUCCAGAGUCGCUUGGAUCUCAAAGAACCAGUCCAGAAAGAACAGAAGUACCGAAACAAAAUAAUUGGGACUCUUUAUGAAAUGCUGUCACAGUACACAAUGUACCCAACCCACUCAGACUACAUCCAGGUCAUCAAAGCCCUGAUUGUGAAGUAUCCUUUCUUAAGAGAUGUACACGGAAAUGGUUAUGACACCUGGCACAGCCAACUCAAGAGAAAGUUCAAAGCAGAACGGGCUCCCCUAAUCAGCAACGAAGAAGUGAACCGGGUUAAAGAAAAGUUUGGACGCACGCAGAAACAUCGGACCACAGAGGAAUCCAGCAGCUCCUGUCUGAAGAGACUGAAGCCCUCUCUCGAUUCGUGCUUUGUGGGGGAAGAUGCAGCCUCCGUUGAUGCUCAUAUCAAGGUGCUAAAUGAUCAGCACAAGAAGCUACAUCCUAACACAGCACUGACGUAG